GUUCCCGGCGCACCUUCUCUACAUGCGCCAAAUGGUUCAGUCAGGGAAAUGUCCUCAUGUCGUUACUGAUCUUUUAUUCUCCAUUCUAUCCUCACUCCGGCUCUAAAUCUUCUCAUUCCCAUUUGCCAAGUUUCCAUAGAUUUGGUUACAUUCUGCAAAGGGACUCAUGAAGCACUAUUUUGCUAUAUUCAAUUGACUAUGAUUAAAAAGAAAAUCUGAGCCCGUUGUUUGGUUUAUUUUCGAUAACGAUGUUUAGUUCUUGUAAUUUAUGUGUAUAUUUGUUUUAUUUUGAAAAUCUUCUCCGGGUCCGCUCCAUACCUGCUGUCGGCGGUAAUGUGCCAAUUUUAAAAAGAAGAAGAAGAAGAAACCUGUUGAUUUUUUGAAAGGGUUGUUUGGGGCACAAAGGAGUUUCUCCGGAUAAUUAAACCGUUUAAUGUAGAUUAUCUUCAGAGGGAGACUUCGGUCUGGUGUUUCUCAUCGUUUGUUCCUCUCGGACCUCAUCAGACUCCUUUCCUCUGCUUAGGAACCUGCUCCCCGGCUACAGUGUCACGUGGGCUUGUCCUCCAAUCAACGCUUCAACCCGACAUGAGGUUUAUUGACCCAAAUAUAACGACCCCAAAAGACGCGAUCGGCACAAUAAAACGACUCGAACACUGUACUCCUACAAUGUUGAGGAUGAGUUCCUCCUUCCUCUCUCCUCCCCCAUCUCCUCCCCCUGCCCCCUCACCCCUGCUCUCCUCCUGCUCUCUGGUUCACUGUCCUGAGCUCGACCUGUCCGUCACACUCGGCGCCGCCCCCAAGACCAGCCGGACACACUGGAAACGCAGUCCACCGAAGACGGGUCGGCAAAGCGACCAACCACAGACGAAGCCCCGCCCUCCAGGACAGACGGGAAGACAGGUGUUUUUUAAAGAGUCGGUGGAUGUCAAGGUGACACUGGAUCAGAGCACAGACGCCCCGCCGAAGCAGCCAAACAGAGGCCAGGGGAGGAGCAGGGAAUAUCACCACGCCCCCACACAGUGGGUGGAGUCCAGCGGUGCAGGAUCCAAUCAAGCUCCAGGCUUUCUCAGUAAGGUGGAGCUGAACAGCACUCUGGCUCUGAAGGCGGAGCUUCAGUCACUGCAGGGGGCUGAGUUUAACUCCCAGAAGGCCGUUCAGGAGACCCUAAGGAGGUCCGAGAGGACCAAAACGCUCAUCAACACCAGAGCUACUGAAGAGGUGAAUGUCUCUCGCUCUCAGCUCCUCUUCACUUCAUUGGUCGGUGUGGACGUGCAGGAAGAUCAGCUGAUCAGCCAGGUGCUGCAGAAUAGGCUGCUGCUGCCUUGCCACGGCAACAAGGCAGCAGACGGACCCUCUCUUCUCCACUUCAUGAACUCUGACCACCUUAGAGAAAAGCUCGUCCCUCUAAAGGAGGAGCCUGUCAACUACAAGCCCCGCCCAUUCCCAAGUCCCGCCGACGCGGCCUUUGACCUCCACAGACGGGGCAGGUGCUGAAUGGCUCAUGUCCUGACGCACACAUGACCUCUGAUCAGCAGGAGAAACUCAUGUUGUGUGUGAUGGCCUUAAUGAUAUUAACCUUGUUUUUUAAAAUGAUUAAUAUUAACUUAAAUACGUCUUUAGCUACGCUGUUUUUUCAAUAAAGAAAUGUCUCGAAUUGUUGCCAAUCACUUGUGGUUUUCCUUUAGUCUUGAUACCUCCCACCAGGAAUGCAUUUGACUUUUGAUGAAGUUUGUGUCGGCACACUUUACUAAUAAAGACACGUGAGUUUAUAUUUA